ACAGAUUUAAUAAAGCUCUUCUUUUAAGAAACAAACAAAAGUCGGAAUCCCUAUACAUUUUGUUUACAGUAAAAUUUUUCUAAAUUAAAUAUUGUAUUAUUAUUUGGUUGCAUAAAACAUUCAUGUUGUCAAAAACAUCUUUCUCCACACUCGUUUAUGUGUGUAUGUGCACGUUUUGUUUACGAUAACAAAUUUUAGGCAUUUACAGGUUUUUUUUUAUUGGAGAAUUGCAAAUCUCAUGUAGUUUAUAUGCUUGUAUGCAAUGCAAAUGUAGUUUGACAACAGCAUUGAUAACUUACGAUGGAAGCUUACCGACCCCGCGGCACUUUGGCACGUGUUAUACACGCUAAAUUCCAUAAUGAUAAUUUUCUGGAGAAUAUAGACACCCAACAGUGGUAUACAUUAAAUGGCGACUUACCUCAAAGGUUCCAAUCCAAGUUUCUGGCGCUCAACCGACCGGAUCCAACCACAUUAAGAUGGCUGGAGCGUGCAAAAAUGCUAUCUUCCAACAUAUGGAUCCAUCUUUGGCACGCGUUGGCCCGAUCAGUCUUGCAGUUUUUUAUGACGCAAACAGAUAUUAAUGGCCUGUUAAAAAGAGGUUCCAUGUUCAUAUUGUCAGAGGAACAAUUCUACAAGCUGCUGGAGGCUGGAGGCUUUCGCACAAGAUCCUCUACAGAAUCGAUUACUUUGCUUGACAUUGGCGCCGGUGACGGUGAAGUUUCCUUACGUGUCGCAAGCAGCGUUUCCGAAUUAAGUGGCAACGCCGUGCUGCAAGUAUUCGCAACCGAGGCGAGCUGGACAAUGCGAGAACGCCUGAAGAAGCUCAAUUUCAAUGUAGUUGAUGAGAUUCGGCAACUUCGUAACCUGGAGUUAAUCCUAUGUCUCAAUGUACUUGAUCGUUGCUAUGACCCAUUCAUGCUCCUGGAAGACAUACAUGCAGCUUUAGCACCCGAUGGACGAGCUGUCGUUGCCUUGGUGCUGCCCUACAUGCACUAUGUGGAGACAAACACAUCGCACUUGCCUUUGCGGCCUCUCUUAGAUAAUUCCCACCUGGAUCAUGAGCCAACCUUCGAGGAGGAAGCAACACAAUUCUUGAUGUUGCUGGAGAACUGUGGUUUUCGCGUCGAAUCCUGGACAAAAGCACCGUAUUUAUGCGAAGGAGAUCUUCGGCAAUCAUUCUAUUGGUUAAUUGAUAUAAUUGUCGUACUUUCAAAGAAAACAAUUUAAGUUUUCUUUUUGUUUAUUUAUAGAAUGUAUAUUUGUAUAAUUUGUAAUUCCUGCAGCUAGGCUGAGCCAAUAUCGUAUAUUUGUCAGUUUUCUAUAUAAUCUGAAUGCCUGAUUGAAAAUCAUUUAAUUUGUUAUCUAUUAUUAUCGAAAAUUUGAUCAAAAUUAUAACAUUGCGCUCACUUAA